UUUUCGUCCAAAUCAUUCGAAUGCAGUCUACAAUCAUUGUCGCUCUGCUUAUCUUCAUUUCCUGCUCAACGUCGAUUUUGCUACAAUGUCUCAGGGGCAAGAAGUCAGACUCGAAGAAGGAAGCUGCCAGGAAGAAGAAGGGAACAACUGAGGGAAGGAAAAAAAGCGGCAGAAAGAGGGAAAGCGACCACAAAUCACCUACUCGUGAAGAAAAAAAGAAGUCGACUCCAAACAAGAAGUACAUCAAGUCCAAGUCUUUCGAUCAAAAGGAGCAAAAACCAAAUAAAUGGUACCAUCUGCAGCUGCUCGUUCCAGUUACGACAUACGUCCUUUCACCAUACGGCAAAAAGAAAAAGAAGAGUGACCAGGCAAAGGACAUCACGGAGAAGGGUGUGAAGACAGCUAUUGCUAUUUCUCCCGACCAACCUCCCGUCAAAGGACAACACAAAUUCGAAACUGCGAACGCUGACGAGACUAGAAGGAAUGAAAUACAACAAACAGCUAAAAGUUUGGGGGGUCGUGUUCCUACAGUGGAGAAAGCCACUUCAGACGGUAAUGCUGUUAAUUUGGUGGUUGGAGAAGCAAUUGGCAACUACAAGGUCACGAGUCGACUUGGAGCGGGUGGGUGUGGUGUCGUCUACCGAGUAGUCUCAAAAGAUGGCAAGGAUUAUGCAAUGAAAGUCGAGCGUACAAAUAUAGACAGAUCUGAUCAGCUUCUCCCUCUCGAGGCACACAUCCUCAAACGCUUGCAGUUUUCUCCAUACGCGGCCCAAUUUCAACAAUAUGGGAGUUGUCAAACAAAACAAGGCGGAUUUCGUGUCCUCAUAAUGGGACUUCUUGGCCCAUCAUUGAACGAAUUACAAAAGCAACAACUCAACGGACGAUUCUCAAUCGGCACGAUACUGAAGAUUGGAAUACAGGCAGUCCGGGCUGUUGCAUUUAUGCAUUCCACGUAUUUUGUGCACCGCGAUAUAAAGCCAAGCAAUUUUGCAAUUGAUGAAGUUAACCACAAACGGCUAUAUCUCUUUGACUUUGGACUUGCAAGAUCAAUAAAAACUCGAGGAGAAAUGAGUUUACGGAGGCCCAGACCAGACGUUCCAUUUCGCGGAACCCCAGCUUAUUGUAGCCUAAACGCCCAUAAAAGAAAUGAGCACGGGAGACACGACGAUUUGUGGUCAAUUCUCUAUAUGUUGGUGGAAUUAGCUAUAGCGCGCCUUCCAUGGCAAGGCAAGACUCGAAUUCUAACAAAGAUACUUAAAGAACAAUUAAUGGAUUCUCAUUAUAUGUUUGGAUGCCCAAUCGCGUUUUCAACAAUUUUAAUUUAUUUACGCUCGUUGGAUUACUAUAAAAGGCCUGAUUAUGUUGGAAUUGAGCACGCAUUUUUUGAAAUGCUGAGGGCACGUAGAUUAAGCUGGGGUAUUCAAAUGGAAUGGGAGAAUCAACGACCUAAACAAUAUAUGGGAGUCAGCGUACCUAAUACCUCAAAUAGCAGCGAUAGAUAA